GCAAAUUUUUGCAGUGUUUAUUUGUUCUAGCUAACUGUUUAUUGAUUGAGUGCAAGGUGCGAAAACAGUUCCAUCGAUAGCGGUGGAUUAUGCCGUAGCACUUUCCGGAACGAUUCCAGGUCGAGAAAAUGCAUAUAAUUUUCUCCAGCAGCGAAACUGGCAUAGCUAAUCAUCCUUAUCACACUAAUCAUCACACUGAAUCAUCAUCACUAACGUUAUCGGAAUGCAAUCAGCGGCAGCAGCACCAGAAGGUGCAAGCAAUUCGGUUGGAAACGAGUCGGAUCUAAGAUACUCGAGUGCUAGUGCCCUCUCGCCGCCGGACUCUUCGCUGGAAGAUUUGGAAGAGUACGAAGAUCUGGAGGUAAGUGAAGUCGGAGAAGAGGAGGAGGAAACCGGAAUCAUGGAUGGUUCCGAUGGCAGCGGCAGCGGCGCAGUGCGGAAACCGCACUUUCUAGACUACGACAAUAAACCACCGGUUGGGCUGGAGGAUCAAGUUGUGUUUGUCGGACAGUCCCGCCGAAGGAGAAGCAACGGCCGGACGGUGGAGGGUGGAGACGGUCUGCCGAAGGAGGAAAUUAUUUCGCAGAGUGUUGUCUCGGAAGGAGAAAUCGGUCUCGGUGCCGCUAGAAAGGACGUUGGUCGCGGAACAUGGCCUUCCGCCUCGUCCGGCGGGACCGCAGCGAGCGGAACGGCCAGUACCAUAUCCGAUGCCCUACGAUUCGAGUGCGUCUACUCACUGUUUUCCAUGCUAGGAUCGACGAAUUCAUUGGAACGAUCCACCAAGCUAAUGCAGCUGUCCAAAAAUCGAGAAACAUGCAGCGCACUGCGCUGCUCAAUACCACUGCUGGUGCAAAUAAUUCACAACGAUCCAAACGAAACGGCUCGCCGCAAUGCCCGGCAAGCGCUGACAAACGUGAUCUGUUGCCAUCCGGACGACAAAGCCGGUCGUCGCGAGGUUCGCGUUCUGAAACCGAUCGAGCAGCUCAUCGACUACGCCGAUUUGCUGCGGGACUACGGCGAGGAAAGUCCGCUGGAAGUUCGGGACGUGGUGGAAGACCCGGAAAAACACCCCAUCCAAUCGAUAACGACUCUGAUGAAAAUCAGCUUCGACGAAGAACACCGUCAUGCCAUGUGCCAGCUGGGUGCCCUGCAAACCAUAUCCACGCUGAUCCAGUUGGAUCACGCAGUGCACGGACCGAACCCGACGGCUUCCAAGUGCGUCACUAUGCGGCGCUACGCCGGAAUGAUUCUCACCAAUCUAACCUUCGGCGACGGCAACAAUAAGUCGCUGCUUUGCUCCAACAAAUGCUUUAUGCGAGCUUUGGUCGCACAAAUCCAAUCCACCAGCGACGAGCUGGUACAAGUUACGGCUUCCGUGCUGCGAAACCUAUCCUGGCGGGCGGACGGCACCAUCAAACAAACGCUAAGCGAAAUCGGAACCGUCAAAGUUUUGACGCGAGCAGCCAUGAUCUGUACGAUAGAAAACACGCUGAAGGCGAUCCUUUCGGCACUGUGGAACCUCUCCAACCAUUGUCCACCGAAUCGGUCGGAAUUUUGCGAGGUCGAAGGUUCGCUCGAAUUUCUCAUCGACAUGCUCAGCUAUGAGGCACCCAGCAAAACGAUGAGCGUCAUCGAGAAUGCUGGCGGAAUUCUGCGAAACAUUUCCUCGCACAUUGCCGUGCGGGAGGACUAUCGGAAAAUCCUACGUAAGAAAAAUUGUCUGAAAAUUCUGCUGGAACAGCUCAAAAGUCCCAGCCUGACGGUGGUCAGCAACGCGUGCGGAACUCUCGGUAACCUUUCGGGGGAAAACUACGAAGAUCAAAAAUUUCUGCGCGAAAAUGGUGCCAUCCCUAUGCUGCGUUCGUUGAUCUACAGCAAACACAAAAUGAUUUCCAACGGUAGCAGCAUGGCGCUGAAGAAUCUGCUGAAACCUCCAGCGAGCGCCGUUAGUGCCAGCGCAAGUUUACCGAUAGCGAUUCAGCAGAAAUCGACGCCGGCCGUCGUAAAUGGUUCGGCCGAUUCGAAAGAAUUACCGAGCCUAAACGCUCGGAAGAAGAAAGCGCUGGAACAGGAGCUUGAUGGUCAAUUUCUCCCACCGAAAGGUGGGCUUCGAAGUGACGAGAAGGAUGUUUGUACCGGUAGACGAUCUACCACCCUACCGGAUGAUGAGGAACAGGAAGUGGUUAAUCACGAUGCCGUUCACAUUCGACUGGUUGAGCAAUCGGGACAGAUGCAGGAGGAAGAUUCCGAGCGACCGGUAAACUACAGCUUGAAGGAAGAGGAAACCGUCUAUCAGGACUACCAGGAGACGGACAUUGACCAAAUCACGGACUAUUCGCUGCGUUACGCCGAAAACCAAUCGGAAGAGUCGGAAGACGAGAAGGUGGAAAACUAUCGACAGUCAUCGAACCGAGCCAACGGAAUUCUGAUGGCGGAGGAUUCGGUCAAAUGUUACUAUACCGAGGGAACGCCGCAGAUUAUUUCCAGUGCCACGUCGAUGAGUGACCUGCGGUUACAGUUGAUGACCGGCGGAAUGACACCCGCAUCGGCUACGGUGGCGUCGCCCAAAGCCGAAGAAGAGGACGCCCCUGCCAAGGAGGCACCGAUUCCGAUGAUCAAUGGUGGUAAACCAGAGUCGCAAACUGCUGCUGCUGCUGCUGGUGCAGCGAUUGUUGCGACUGGGGAUGACACAGGCGAUACGGGAUGCAAUACUCCCGACAGACCGUACAACUACUGCGAGGAAGGGACGCCCGAUUUCAGUCGGGAUGCGUCGCUGAAUGCGCUGGAGUUGAACGGCGGUGAGAGGAAUCGAAACCGUUCCAGCAAACCACCUGAACUGGGCGACCCGCCCGAUCAGACUGUUCCCACGACACCGGGUUCUGUUGGUGGUGGUGGAGGAGGUGACGGCGACGGCGGCGCCGCUGGCAGCAGUAUAAUAGCCGGCGGCGGUGGCAAGCAGGUUUCCUUCCUCAACACGGCCGAGGAAACACCACUGAUGUUCUCGCGCACCAGUUCGGUGGGAUCGCUGUCCAGUGCGGAACCGGCGGUUUGCAUCGACGACAAAAGCUCCAUCAUCAGCGAAUUCAGUCGGCUGGCGUCCGGGGUAAUGUCUCCCUCGGAGCUGCCGGAUUCUCCGACGCAGAGUAUGCCCCAUUCGCCGAGGCGUACCGCCGGUGAUGGUGCGAUUAUGGCGCCGACGGUGGUGACGGUCGUAGCGCAGAAUAGGCCUCCUCUGCCGGGUGGUUUCGACGGACACACGGAACAACGACCGCCAGCGGGCGGCGGUGCAGCGAAGAGUGCUUUCGAGGACAGCGUCAGUAAGUUCAAUGUGGAAAACACACCGGCAGCGUUUUCCUGCGCUACCAGCUUGAGUAAUCUCAGUAUGGAGGAAAAAGAGGACCAGGAAUCGAAGUUGAUCUCGAGACAGGCACCCCCGGAAGGACCACCGGUGUUGCCCGUUCCGGAAGUUUGUAAUGAAACCGAACACUCGGACACGGACUCGGACGACGAUGCGGAUGCGGAAGACGAUUUGCUGUUGGAAUCCUGUAUCAAUAUGGGAAUGAGUAGUAGUCGAAUGGCUAGGAGUUCGGAUUAUCAGACACCCCGGGAAUUGCCGGAAGAUUCGCUGCAGAGAUUUUGCACGGAAGACACUCCGGCACGGUUGUCCAAGGCUACCAGCAAUUGUGAUUUGAGCGUGUUAUCAAUGGGCACAGAGGAGCACGGUCAUGACUCGGACGAGAGCUCGAGUAAUUGCGAGCAGGACGAUGAGUUGCUUGACGAGUGCAUUCGAAGCGGCAUGUCCCAAUCGAGAAAGAAAGAUUCACCGGUCCCACUAGCAAUGGGGGCAGUGCCGAAAACUAAUGGAAAUCAAUCAACGACGAAGGAGAACCCAAUGAGUAUGAUGAGAAACCCGGUCCAUAUGGAACCAAUCUACGCGAACGAUGAAGUCACCAAAUUCUACGUGGAGGAUAGUCUAUGUGCCAUGUCAACAAUGUCUGGCUUGUCGGAUUUGACGGUCGCUACCGAAGCCACCGGAGGAGCGCAGAAGGUAGUUCGGAUUUCAACUCUCAAAGGUAAACCUUUGUCUCAAUUACCCCCGCCUCCGGUACCGUUGGGUGAAGCAGUGCUCAAUAAUGGUUCGCUAAGUUCCAUCUCGGUGGAGUCGGAUGAUCAGUUAGUGGACGAAGCUAUCGCGGCCGGAAUCAAGUUCACCACCAACAAAGCCAAACAUAACGCUUCAACAUUCAAGCACGUUCACAGCAUGCUUCAGUCGGGCAAUCGAAUGACAGCGGCCGCUGUAAACCUGAACUAUUCUACGGAUUCUGACGACUCCAACGAUCCACAGAGCAAUUCUCUUCUUGACGAGUGCAUUGAAACCGGAAUGAAAAAAUUAACCGAAAAGCACAAAGAGGACGGAUUUGAACUCCGAGCCGGAAUGAAUUUCACCGAGUUGGGGAUGCGUACUGCGGCGGCAGCUGCCGCCGCUGCUCGGAUCCCACCAUCAGACGACAGUAUCCCGGACUCGGACCGGGACCAUGACCUGGUGUUGGAAUGUAUCAAAAGUGGACUGCCGAAGGGAAAGGCCAGCCAGCAGCUGGCGCUUGAGCUAACGCAGAACCUGCAGCGAUUGUCGAUUUCUGGAGCGGGGGCCACCAAACCUGUCCACGCCAAACACGUUUCAACGUCGUCGGGUUCAAAAAACGUGCACACUACGCCUGUGAAUACGAAGGAUGCCGGUGCCACCAACGUAAUGUCAGCAGGCGUAGUAGCAAACACAGCAGCCGGAGGCAGCAGCUUCUCCAUCAACACGGCGGCGGACCGUCCGGGACGGGACGUCACCGCAGUCAUCACCAGCAGCACCACUCCACCCAUCAGUUCACCCACAGCUAUCAUCACCACCACCACCAUCCCGGCCACCACCACCAACAGCAGCAGCAGCAUCAUCAGCAGUCAUCAGCUCACCACCAGUCGCACCAUCGCCACAAGAAACGAACCAGUUCCUCCAUACCAACGUCAGCCACUGUCUCCAUGUCAACCAACGCAGCAGCAGCAGCAGCUGCGUCAGCCCCAGCCGCUAGCUUCUUCCACCACCACGCUGGUUCAGAGUGGAUAUGAGAGUCUGCUGGAGCGGUCGAACGAGUUUCCGGCCGCCCCGUUCGCAGCCAGCUCGGAUGCAACGACGCUGAGCGGCAUCAUGAUGGCAUCCAGCGGGAUGCAGAUAUCGAACGAAUUUAUGGUCGACGCCAGCAUCGCGUCCGAUUGUGGCCCCCAGGACAAACAUAAGGAUCCGGACUUGAUGCUGAAAUCGGUGGAACGCCUUACGCAGGAGCUGGUUUCGACGGCGGAGUACCUGCGGACGGUGUCCUCCGGUGCCGGUGGUACCGGUUCCUCCGCGAUGGUUACCAGCGAUUGUCGGGAGACCAACAGCACCUGGGAUGAGGAUGCGACGUGCUCGAACGAUGUGUCGUUUCCGAGCUUGAGCGUGCAGGCACCGAAGAUUCACCAUUCGGUGACGGAUGAUACGGACGAUACGGCCACCAUCAGCGAUGAGGUUGACUCCAAAGCCUUGGACGCUUUGGAGGAACAAACUCCGAUCAAUGAGAAUCGUUCGCUACCAGGUGAGGAGCUGCUGGCAGCAGCAGCAGCAGCAGCAACACAGGAGGAAAUCCGAUUCCAGCUGGGUGGAGAAGUGCAGCAUCCCAUGGUCGGCGGCGGUGGGCAUUCGACGUUUGGCCCGACAACGACAACCGGUACCGGUACGACCGGUGACGGGUGUUCGUUCAGUACAGUUUCCACGCUGACCAAUUCUACGAUCAUCGCCAUGGAAGCCACCAAGGUGGCGGCUCAGCUGCAGGAUUUGGCCAUCGUUGAGAGUGCCGAUAUCGAUUUGAGCAAAAUUAAUCCGCCGUUUUUCGGCUCGGAAAGUAUUCUUAUUUCGGAUUGCUCGGAUUCGGAGAUGACCUUCCGACACGAUUCCAUUUCGAAGGAAAGAAAGAUUUCAUUACCUAGCGGUUUGGUGGCCAAGCGUGCCUUGGGGCACGCUUUUAACGAUAGUUUGAACUCGUUGCACAAUCUGGACAGUAUUGGGCCUCCGUCGUUGAUGGAUGAAUUGAUGGAUUCGAUGAUUAGUGUGGCAAGCAUAACGUCGGAAGUGGUCGAUGUGGAUAGUGGUAACGCGGGAACGGUUUCUGCCGCUUCGGAUCAAAACUUUUCCUCCGGCCAUUCCAGUUUGACAUGGAACAGUAGCCUGGAAAAUUUGAUCAAGUUUUCUCCGACGGUUAACGCUGGACCAGGUGCAACUCCCGGGGGGAAAAGCACCCCGAUGAGUCCGAAGCGAGCCGAACGGCGGCAGGCGAUGAAGGAUCGCUACAAAACCUACACGAUUCCCAACGGGAAGUUGGUCGAUUUGAAUCAGGCUGUUGAGGAUGCGGUGGGUACGGAAGUGAAGACCCCAACGCCAAGCGCACCUUCAACGCCUUCUCCAAAGAAGAGCUCAAAGGAACGACGUCAGGAAAACAAAUCUCGUUAUGAAACGCAAGUCAUCAACGCCAGCAUUCUACCGCUGCUGAACGGCGAAGAACGUCCGCGCACUCCACUGUCGAGCAUCAUUGCAACUCCGGUAGUCUUUUCACCAAUCACGCUUCAUUCGCCGGCUCCAAUGUCGCUGGAACGUAUUGUCACUCCUGAACCCGUGCACCCGUUACACGACGAUGAGGAACCACUAACCUAUACCAUUGAGGAAAGCUGCAGAAGGGCAUCGUUUGAGCAAAAACUACCGACCAUUCCGGCGGCGGCGGCACCAGAAACAGUGGCGAAUGUUUCGAACAAACAAACUCCACUUUCCAGUCCGAGUAAAGUUCCCACUCCGACGAAAGUAGCCGGUAAAGUGAAUCCUUCCCCGGUUGCGGAUCCGUCGAAGGUAGUCCGUGGAACGAAGAAGCCCGCCUACGUGUCACCCUAUCGGAGACAGGUGGUAUCCGCUCCGGUCAAUUCUACGAGAACCUCAACAGCAACCGCUUCUCAACUGGCCUCAGCAUCGAAGAAAGAACCCGCUGCUGUUGCUUCGCAACCACCUCCCAAACUGAAGGCUCAAACUUCGCUCGUCGAAUCCCGCAGUCGGCCGCAGCCUUUGAAGGCCCGGACCAGCGUUGGUUCGAAGCGAAAUUCGCUGGAAAUGAAUGGUAACGGUUCUGUUCGAGGCGCUGACUUGCCAAAGAUUCGUGACCGACAGUCCUCUUGUGGGGCUUUCCAGGGGAACUCGAAAGCUUCGAAGCCGCAGACACCGGUAGCGACGGAACCUCAUCUAAUUCGGCAGGGUACUUUCACCCAGGACGAACCGACGAACCCGGAAGUGCCAAUCGUAACAUCCGCUCCUUCCACGCCGGCAAAAACUUUGCGCCGACCGGGAUCGAUGAUCCCCAGUUCGGCUUCGUCGUCCCGAUUGACUGCGAUGGCUGCCGGCAAGGUAUCACGCAUCAGUCUGCACAAAAGCGUCAGUAUGGAUGCCAGCAAAACGGUCCCCGGAACGCCUACCAGCGGGCCCGGUACGACACCAUCGAGCGGCGAAAGCACCCCGCUCAGCAGUCGCUUUCGGCUAACGACGGCUCGAACCUCCCUCGUUGACUACAAGAAACCGUGCACCGGCCGGUUGAGCACACCGAUCAGUUCCAACUCGUCGCAGGAGCAAAUCGCCUCACUGAACGGUGCCGUAACUAGUCCCGGCUCGCUGAUACCGAUGCGGCGCAAGAGCGGUUUGGUGCUGCCGAAGCGGACCAAUCUGACGAUGAAAUCCAACCCGGACGUGCUGAAGGGUAAAUUGGACGGUGUGCGAAAUGCUUUCGCACGUACGGCCCUCAAGACGGGAACGCGAUGAGCUGAUGCUGAAGUUAGAUUUCAUUUUCAGAUGUUCGUGCAAUUUAAAAUUUUGGAAAUUUUUAAACAACGACAAAAUAGUACCACACCAUUUUAGGUUUUUUAUAAGUCCCAAAAGUUUGCAACGUCUGCAUUCAUCAGCUGACGUGGAAAGGUACCAGUUAUUUUUUAACCUAAAAGAGUUUCUGGAGCAGAAAAAAAAGCACGAACAAGAUUUCCUCGUUUAAUUUUAAGCGCACCACACACAGCAACUGAUACGCUCAUCACGUCGUGUCAGGAACACAUUCACCGCGCACACAUUUAACCUAAUCUUAAAUUCGCAUCGACUGCGUUGACUGACCAGAGUGUCACUCCAGAGUCAGUCCAGAGACUGAGAUGAACGGAACACAAUAGUAGUGGUAACCGAGGUAAUGCUGUGGAGGUAAUGAUGCCGGAAGCAGACAAAAACAGAAAUUAAACAAACUAUUCUAGUCCCAAAACGUUCAUCGAGAUGAAGCCUUGUUGAAGGCGGAUUUAAAAUUAAAAAAAAAAACAAGAGAAUCAACCAAGAUCGACAAACGUGCCCGACCCGGCACGGCUCUAACAGUUAAGCUUUGUUUGUGAUGGAUGGAUAAAAUUGUAGAAAUGUAGAGCCGGAGACAAUUGUAUCAACUUUGAUUGAAAGCUAAUUGCUAAUAUAUAAACUCCUUAGAUUGCUAUCAUAAUUACACUGCUAUUAUUAUUAUUACCAAUAUAAACGUAGCGAUAUUAUAGUAGAGAGUAGUAACUUUCCUGCAUUUACAUACUACGCACCAGAUUGAUGAUGAUGCUUUGAUGUCUCGCGAAAUAUAUAGAUUAUAGGAAAUUAUUAGAGGGCCGCGCCGUGUGACCGUGGACGGACCGAUACAAAACAGAGGAACAGAGGAGUUCAGAGAGGAGUUUUUAUGUUUUAUGGCAUUUUAAGAACCAGCUCAGUUAGUUAGUCAGUCAGUCAGUUAUCAAAGUUUUAUCCAUUCGCGGGUGAAAACCCCUUCCCGUGCAACCCGAAUUUUAUUUGAGAAAACGAAUUUUUCAAUUUGAUUUUAACCGUUUAUUGAUUAGUUUUUUUUGUGUUUAGUUUUAUGUUUGGACUGUCAUAUCAAAUUUUAUAAAAACAAAAAACUUGUGCUACUCUCAGAUUCGUACACGGAAAUAAACUGUUAUUGGAGAAACAUUUGUGCUAUAUAUAUAAAACAUUCGAGUAUUAUUAUAAUACAAGUUCUUUGCAAAAGUAGAGUAGUUUUUGCGCUUAUCUGUAAUGGACUUUUUCGGAGGAGAAAACAAAAAAGCAGAAUUGCUGUUGUCGAAAUUAUUUAAAAAUCUUAUA